CCGUAACCUCUUUUUCAUUAAUGGGUAGAAAGAAGGAGAAGAUGACAAACAAGGAGCAGAUCUAACUCAGGAAAUUCUACUUCCCACCGACAAACAGUUUCUUCUCUGCAUUGUUGGGCCUCUCUAUAACUUCAGCCCACAUUUUAUCACACUGAUUAUUCUUGAAGAAGAUGGUUCUUGAAUCUUGAUUGAGAAUUUGAGUGUACCUUUUCUUUACUUGAGUUGUGGAGAACUGAAGCUUUUCUGGAAGGCUGAACGAGAAAAAUAAUCAUGUUCAAGCUGUUGCCACGGCGGAACAACAAAAACAAUGGCUUCAAAGUGAAGCAUGCUCUUCAGAUAUGUGUUCUGGUAGGCGUUUGCAUUUGGCUGCUUUAUCAAGUCCAACACUCCACUAAUAAGAAAGAAGCAUCUGGAGAAUCAACUAGCCUCUCUGAGAAGGUGGAGACUGGUAAUAGUAUCUUAAACCUGGGAAGGAAAGACCUUAAACCUCAAACAGAUGAAGAAGAUGCUGAAGGUUUAACAAACAAGGAUCCAGAUGAAGAGGUGGAAGAUGAGAGUGAGCCAAAUAAUGAUGGAGAUGUAAAAGCAGAAGAUAAUUCAGAGACAGAAAGCAAUGAAGGUAAGGAAACUAUAGAGGAAAAGGUGCAAAAGGAUGAAGAAGAGGAAACUGGUAGUGAGGGAGAGAGAGAUAUGGAACACAAAGAUGUGGAGAGAGAAAGGGCAGAUAAUGAUGAUACCAGAGAAGAGAAGAAUGAGAAUGUUAGUGAAGAUGGGACAGACAGGGAGACAGAAGUGGAAAAUGGAAGUGAAGAAGAGAAUAGCGGAAGCAAAGAGGAUGGAGAUGAGGAAACAAAUGAAAAUGGAGGUGAACAUAAGGAUGCUCAAGUUGGGGAAAACAAUGACACUGAAUCAAGAGAUGAAAAGCAGGAAGAACAUGGUGAGAACUCUAGUCAAAGUGAUGAGAAAAUCAUGGAUGAUUCAAACUCAACUAUUUCAUCGACGAAUGGGACAAUUUCAGAAGCCUUAGCUGAUGGACUAAGUGACAGCACAGAUUCAACUGGAGGGGAGGAGAACAAUGAUUCUAUUAAUACCCAUACAGAAGAGACCGUCAAAGCGUCAAUUGAUGAUGAAAUAACUACCAAUUUGGAUGAAAACAAGUCAACAGAUUUGUUAAACUCCGGAAAUGAAGAAUUGCCAGAAAACAAGAAUCCAGAUGAAUCAUCCAGUUCAGUUUCUCAAGAAGAAAAAGAUGUCCUUACAGAUGUGGUAACUGAAGGAAAUAGUGAUGAACAUGCCACCAAUGAUUAAAUAGAUCAGGUGGAUUCACAUGUUCAGUCAUGUGUCCUCUUUCUUUAAUUCCUACUCUUAAAGAGUAAAUUGAAUUACUGUAAAUGCUGCUUGCCAGGCAGCAAAAAGCUAUAUUGUAUAAGUAUAUUCACUCUCUGCAAACUCUGAUAUAGGAGACAAAAAGUCUCUGUCAUAUGAAUUUGAAAACUUUGGUAAGAAGCGCCUGUGAAAAAAUUCAUUUUAUUAGUGUUGUUAUUUGUCGAGUUUAUGAUUCCAUUUAGCAUAUUCAGUGUUUUAUGACUUCGAGAUACAUUAGUGAAUAUCUACUGUGUAAUUAGAUGAAUUUGGUUGAACAAACUUGGGCUAAGAAGAAAAUUCUCAUUAGUGAAUGUCUACUGUGUUGUUAUCUGUCACUAUUGUUCAAUUGC